UGACGCCUCCGGCGCGGCACAAGCUGCGUGUCCGCGCGCGCACACGACCUGGAAGCGAAGAGCUCACUCGUGCGCAUGUGCGCGCUGUGCACGUUCGUCUGGCUGGUCGUCCGCCCUUUGAUGAACUCACAGUUGCGGCGUGAUGUCAGUGGGGCCGUUGGCGUCGGUGCGCCUUUCCCGGAGCCACGCACGGAAACGCGCACCCACUUGGGGAUCCAGAGGCCUGUUUACACGCGCCACCCCUCGGCGGGCGGCGCUGCUCGGGCUCGUCCUUUCCCGCCCCUGGGAUCUGGCUCGUACCCCAUCUCGUAUUUGUGCGGCGCCUGUUGGCCCGGCCAGCGCAGAGAGGCUGGGCUUGUGGGCACAGCAGAUCCGGAGGUCGAGCUGGGCUGAGAUUGCGGGCCGGCGAAGGCCGGCGGGGACGCGGUCGGGGCUAUGCUGGGCAAGGAUUACAUGCUGGCCAUCAUUCUGGUCAACUGCGAUGAUGACUUGUGGGGGGACCAGAGUCUUGAGGGGGAGCCAGGACUGCCCCCUGGCUGGAGAAAGAUACGCGAUGCUGCAGGUACUUACUAUUGGCAUGUGCCCAGUGGCAGCACCCAGUGGCAGCGCCCAACCUGGGAGACAGGAGAUGCAGAGGACCCAGGCACGAGGACGGAAGGGAUUUGGGGACUUCGGCCCCCCAAGGGGAGAUCCUUCUCUAGUCUGGAGAGCUCACUGGACCGCAGGAACUCUCUGUCCUGGUAUGGUGAGGAAUCCUACAUCCAGAGCAUGGAACCAGGGGCUAAGGGCCCUCCUGUCCUUUCCCCUAACCCGUCAGUGCUUUGCAGUCCGCUCCCUGGGUUGGGUAGAGGUACCCGAAGAGGAUCUGGUACCAGGGAAGAGCAGUAUUGCAGUCAAUAACUGCAUCCAGCAACUGGCUCAGAUGCGCAGCCGUAGCCGCAGCCAGCCCCCAGAGGGUGCCUGGGGCGAGGGUCAGAACAUGCUGAUGAUCCUAAAGAAGGAUGCCAUGAGCCUGGUGAAUCCUCUGGACCACAGUCUGAUCCACUGCCAGCCUCUGGUGCACAUCCGUGUGUGGGGUGUGGGCAGCUCCAAGGGCCGUGACAGCCCCAUCUCUGACCCUGCCAGGGACUUCGCUUUUGUGGCGGGUGACAAAGACAGCUGUAUGCUCAAGUGCCAUGUGUUUCGCUGUGAUGUCCCUGCCAAGGCCAUCGCCAGUGCCCUGCAGGGGCUCUGUGCCCAGAUCUUGUCAGAGCGUGUAGGUGUCAAUGGUGAUUCCCCUUGCUCCUCCCUAGACCCCAUCUCCCCUGAGGACCUGCCACAGCAAGUGGAGCUACUGGAUGCAGUGAGUCAAGCUGCUCAGAAGUACGAGGCGCUGUACAUGGGGACCUUGCCAGUCAACAAAGCCAUGGGCAUGGACGUGCUGAAUGAGGCCAUUUGUACCCUCACCAACCGAGGGGACCAGGAUACCUGGGUCCCUGCCAUGCUCAGUGUGUCUGACUCUCUGAUGACUGCACAUCCCAUUCAGAGCUCACAGGGUCCAGCCAGUGCCCGGUCCUCUGGUGACCAGGCCUGGUGUGGGCAGGCAGAAGCUGGUGCAGAGGAGGAACCACUAUGGCAGUGCCCUGUGCGCCUUGUGACCUUUAUUGGUGUUGGCCGUGACCCUCACACCUUUGGCCUCAUUGCUGACCUGGGCCGUCAGAGCUUUCAGUGUGCAGCCUUCUGGUGCCAGCCCCAUGCAGGGGGACUCUCUGAAGCUGUGCAGGCUGCUUGUAUGGAUAUUUCCUGGCACCUGUGGGCAUUGGAAUGUGGGAUGCUUGCACUCUAUGAAUUCAGCUUACUCUUUCCAUAACAAACAUGAGUGCCUACAGGGUACCAGGCACCAUACUUGAUCCUGGGAAUUCAUUGAUACCGAAGGCACAGACUUUGCCCUCACAGAACACCCAAACACUCAGGUUGGAUCAGAGACCAGAAGGGAGUUGUACACCACAGGAUGAUGGAGAAGACAGCCCAUUCCAGAAGGCUACCUGAAAGAGGUGAUAGAAAGCUGAGAGUUGAAGGUCCGAGGAAGAAGUUAGGUGAAGGGGAAUGGGACAGAAGGUGUGCCAAAUACAAGGAUGCCCAGCUGCGAAGAUGAGAGCAAUAUUAGUGGAUUACGGCACCUAAAAGAAUCUAGUGUAUCUGGAGGGGCGGAUGAAGUGAGAUGGGGCAGAAAAAAAACGCCAGGUCAUGGAAGAAUUUAGAGAUUGUGGUCAUGAGUUUAUUUUGUCGCAAGUCACUUUGAGCCACUGAAAGGUUUUGAGCAGUGAAUUUAAGUUUGUGGAUCAGGAAGACCACUUAAGGUACCUUAUGGGUAAGUUUGAAUUCCAGUUCUAUCAUUUUUUGCAUAGGUGACCUUGGGCAAGUCAUGUAUAUUCUCUCUGAACCAAAAUUUCCUCAUUUGCAAAACGGUAAUAACACCUGAUGAAUAACUUUGGAUUAAGUUUGAUUACGUGAAGCACUUAGCACGGUGUCCAGCUCUCCUUAAAUGCUCAGCUCAGUAAACGUCAAAUUUUCUGUUUCUGUUAUUGAGCUCCCUGGGAGUGCUGUAGGGGCUCCAGAUAGGGCCAGCUACCAGCCUCCUUCAUACCAGACUGAAGCCAUGGCCAGUUGCCUGUUCUGCAGAAGCUUUCAGGGAGUCCAGGGGCAGAAAGGAGCUGGAUCCUCACAUUCCCCUUUUCCGUAGGUUCAGUACCAGAAGUGUCUUGUGGCCUCUGCAGCUCGAGGCAAGGCCUGGGGUGCCCAGGCCCGUGCCCGCCUGCGGCUCAAGCGGACCAGCUCCGUGGACUCCCCAGGAGGUCCCCUGCCGCUCCCCCUGCUCAAAGGAG